CUCUUUUGAUUAUUUAGAUCUAAUUAUCUUUUCUUGUUAUCAGUGAGCAAUCAUGGCUGAAAUAUUUGAAAUCCAGUACGUGAGAUCUAUGUUUCGCACCGAUAAAUUAUGUUGUUUGUGCUGAUUUCUUUAAGAGAUGAAAAAGCAAAUAAUUACUUCAAAGCUGGAAAACGUGACGUUUUAUUACAUAAUUAUCAACUAGCUUGUGAUCAGUUAUCUAAAGCGUGCGAUCGUUUAGUUCAAGUUUAUAAUAGCGAUACACAUAUUGAAUUAGCUGAACCAUACUUUUAUCUUGGCCAAGCAUUACUUGCUCUUGCACUUGGUGAACAAGCAGUUAUCGGUGAUGGUAUCGCUAAAGAUGAUGAACAAUCGGGUGAUGAAGAAGAAGAAGAGGCUGUUGGUGAAGAAGAAAAAAUAAUUGAUAGCAAAACAGAUAAUGUCAAUACAAAAGAAAAUGAAAAAACUGAAAUGAAUAAUGGGCAUGAACAUAAAAAUGGUAAUGAAGUGAGUGAACUAGAAAAAAUUGAAAUGAAAACGAAGAAUAAUCCAACAGAAGAAGACGAUGAUGAACCUUUUCCAGAUGAUAGUAAUAUGACAGAUUUACAACGUUCAUUUGAAAUCUUGGAAUGUUGUCAUAUGAUAUAUAAAAAAACAGCAACUGAUAAUAAUCACUCGGAUUAUGUUAAAUGUCGUUUGGCAGAUAUUCAUAUGAUGUUAUCUGAAAUUUGUAGUGAAAAUGGAGAUUAUAAUUCGUCUGGUGCACAUAUACAAGAAGCGAUCGAUUUACAAGAAAAACUGGCCGAAAAAAAGAAUCGAUUAUUAGCUGAAUCUUAUUAUAAACUAGGUUGUAUCUAUGAAACAGUAGAAAAAUUUCCUGAGUCUGUAGAAUAUUUUGAUAAAGCAAUUAAAUUUAUUCAUUAUGCAUUAAGUGAUUCAGUGUCCAAACCGGAAGAGGUCGAAGAAUUAAAACAAUUGCUGCCGUCAAUAGAAUCUAAACGAGACGAUGUUAAAUCAUCAAUUGGAGAAGAGCAUCUAAUUGAAGCAGCUCGAAAUAUAGUUGCUGGUCAACCAAUUCCUACGAGUGCUACUCCAGCUCCUGUCCAACAAAUAAAAGAUAUCACAUUAAAUAUUCGUCAUAAAACCUCGACAACAAAUGGUGAACAAUGCAAACGAUCAAUUGAUCAAGUGGAUAAUGGAGAUGAGGAAGAUAAAACUAAAAAGGUUAAGCAAGAUGGACAACAAGAACAAGUUGAAUAA